UUUCCUUUGUCUUUUUAAAAUUCACAUUCUUCGUUUUCUCUAAUCAACAGCCUCUCUCUGGAAAAAAAUAAAAAAAAACCUCUAGGAACUGUUACUUUGCAGCUACUAUGGGGGAUCAAAGUCACCUUGAGAAAAUGGGUAGAGAGCUUAAGUGCCCCAUCUGCUUGAGUUUACUGAAUUCGGCUGUUUCGCUUACAUGCAAUCAUGUAUUUUGCAAUUCGUGUAUUCUGAAGUCGAUGAAAUCGGGUUCCAAUUGCCCAGUUUGUAAGGUACCAUAUCGGCGCAGAGAAAUUCGAGCUUCUCCUCACAUGGAUAGCUUGGUGAGCAUUUACAAAAAUAUGGAAGCUGCUUCAGGAUUCCAGAUAUUUGUCACUCAAAAUCCUUCAUCAACUAAAUUAUCUGAUGAAAAUAAGCGAGCAGAAGAUGGUACAAACAGUAAUAGAGAAAAUGUUCAUAGGCUUUAUCAGGACAGACUGGAAAAUCAAAAAACAUCCAAAAGAAAAGGGUCAAGAAAAACUAUUAAAUCCAACUUGGAUGUUUCUGAUUCCAUUGCUGCAAAACCUGCCUUCCCAACCAAGAAAAGAGUCCAAGUUCCACAACAUCUUCCUUCAGAAACUCCAACACGACCUGACAAGCUAGAAAUGGGAACCGGUGAAAACAUAGGGCAUGGAUUUAAGAACAUUUCAUCAAUCACAGGGGAGAAUCCUGUCACCAAGGAAAAUGGUGAACCUGUGCUUGCACCUUUCUUCUGGUUGAGAGAUGAAGAAGAUAUAGAGAAGUUAAGUCAGCAUACUAUUGGCAGCCAACUUUUGGAUAUAACACCUCCAAAUAUUCCUACUUUUAGUGAUAUCAAGGAUUCAGAUAAUGAUAACCCCUCUCAAUUAUCCCCCACAGAAGAAGUUUGUGGCAAAUCAAAUGAUGCAGAUCUUUUUGAUAGUGAAAUGUUUGAAUGGACACAAAGAGCUUGCUCCCCUGAACUUUUUUCAAGUCCUUCUAUGAUACAGGACGAGAAUGCAGGUGAUAUUGAUGGAAUUCAAGAAAACAAACAAGAAGCACUGUUGUUGAGUUCAAAUACAAACGAACAUAGGAUUGAAAAUGAAAAAUGUUUCGAUACUGAACAUGUAACGGCAAUUGCAGGUGAUGAAUUGCCUAACCCAUCACCUCUGAGACCAAAAAGUUCAGGUAUUCAAAUUGCAUAUAAUAGAUCCAAGAAAAGAGGUAGGACUGCUGGGGAAGCAACGUUGAGGAAGUGUGCUAAGAAAUAUGCGGAAAAGGAUUUUAAGGUUCCUUCUGAUGCAAAGACAAAAUCUAGAAAAAUUAUGCAAAAGGAAGCACCUGAUAACAUGGGUAACUCUUCAAACAUUACGAAAACUAAGAGUAAGGCUGUUUUUAGUACUGCAGCAACUGAAACAAAAACAAAAAACGUUCCUCUUAUUUCUCUUAGAGCAGAAACCUUGAAUCUUGGUGACAGAAAGAUGGCUGCUGAGUUGCGUAUUUCACAGGGCAAGAAUCAAAUUGAUAAUGGAAAUCUUGGAAAAAGAAAAAUCUGUGGGAAGGUCAGCACCAAGGACAAGACUGAUUGCGCUUUGAGGUCGAAGAAACGAAAACCGAAUUCUUCUGAUAUCGACAUGGUUAAAGAAAUUUGUACAGUUCAAAACCCGGUGGAGGAAGAUACAAGACCCUCUGAUAUUGGUGAUAGGUCCAUCUCAGGUACCAAGCCGAAAUGCCAGAAACAUGGCAAAGAAGUUAACUCUGAAUUAAGUUCAGAAAGCAAUCAAAAAUUAAGAAGGCCGAAAACUAUGAAAGUUUCCCUUUAUGGUAUCUCAGAAGAUGGAUUGGCUAAUGACCAUCAAGAACGUUGUAAUGGUAUAUCUGCAAAGGAAACUGAACAUACUGAAAAAGCAACAGAUGUCCCUCUAAAACAAACUCAAAUCAGUGAAAAGGUAACUAACGUCUCUGGAAAAGAAACUCAAUCCACUGAAAAAGUUCAGGGCAGUCUUUCAAGAAUCCUUGAUAAUUCAGUAACACUAGGGAAGCUUAGGCGAGCAAAUGGAGUGGCUUUACGUGCUUGCCAAACACUUGCUCAGAAAAUUCAAUGUGCGUUUUGUCUUUCUUCAGAAGACACAGAGGCCUCGGGAGAGAUGGUCCACUACUACAAUGGCAGGCCUGUAGUUGCCAACUACAAUGCUGGAUCCAAGGUCAUACACUCUCAUAGAAAUUGUGCUGAGUGGGCGCCUAAUGUUUAUUUUGAGGAUGAUACUGCUAUUAACCUUGAAGCCGAAUUAACUAGAAGUAGGAGGAUGAAGUGCUGCUGCUGUGGACUCAAAGGUGCUGCUCUAGGAUGUUAUGAAAAGAGCUGUCGUAAAAGUUUUCAUGUCCCAUGUGCAAAGAUGAUGCCCCAGUGUCGAUGGGAUACUGACAACUUUGUCAUGUUAUGCCCUCUUCAUACUUUUUCUAAGUUGCCUACCGAAGAAUCAGAAUCUCAAGAGAGAAUUAGAAAGAAAUGCAUUCCAAAAAGACAGAAUCCCAACAAGUGCAAUCAAGUUGUUUUUAAACAUGAUGCAAGUACACAUCCAAGUUGGAAUUGGAGUGCAACUCCCAAAAAAUUGAUUCUUUGUUGUUCUGCUCUGACAGUUGAGGAAAGGGAAUUGGUUUCUGAAUUUCAAAGGUUAUCUGGAGCUACAGUGUUGAAAAAUUGGAAUUUGAGUGUCACCCAUGUCAUUGUAUCAACAGAUGAAAAUGGAGCAUUCAGAAGGACCCUUAAAAUUUUAAUGGGUAUCUUAGAGGGCAAAUGGAUACUGAAUAUUCAGUGGAUUAAGGCUUGCAUGAAGGCCAUGAAACCCGUUCAAGAGGAUCAAUAUGAAGUUAUGGUUGAUACUCAUGGAAUUAGGGAUGGUCCCCAACUUGGAAGACUGAGAAUCCUGAACAAGCGGCCAAAACUUUUUGAGGGGUUCAAAUUCUAUUUGAUGGGAGAUUUUGUAGCUUCUUACAAGGGAUAUAUUCAAGAUCUUCUUGUUGCUGGUGGAGGAUCUAUUCUGCAUAGAAAGCCCAUUUCUGGAGGUGAUAGUAUCUCAUCAUUGGGUUCCCCUUCACCUUCAACCUUCGUAAUUUAUAGCCUGGAGCUACCUGGUAAGUGUGAUUUAAGCAGGAAGGAUAUGAUUUUAAAUCGAAGGAGGUCUGAUGCUGAAGCUCUGGCAAGUGCAACGGGAGCCAAGGCAGUGAGCAAUUCUUGGAUUUUGAAUUCCAUAGCAGCUUGUAAAUUGCAAGUUUUGCUGAAUAACGGUGAUACGUUCAAUUGAGAUACCCCUGUAUAUUAUCAGAGUUUUUUUAAGUUUUAUUAGAUGUUAUAAGCAUGUAUAGACAUACCCAGAACAAUUAACAAAUUAAAGACCCAAUUAUUUUUAAUAACAUUUCUCUUGUAUGUUCAAA